AUGAGGUAUUCCAGCUUUCGCCUCGCCAAGGGCGUGUUUGGCAACAUUCAGAGCCGGAGCUACUCGUCCCUCGGCGGGUCGACCAAGUCCCGCCACCUCAUGUCCAUUGCGGACCUGAGCCGCGACGAGUUCUCCCAGCUGGUUCGCAACGCCGCCAAGCACAAGCAGGCCGUCAAGUCGGGCAAUGUGCCCCAGUCGCUGAGCACCAGCCUGGCCGGCCGGACCGUGGCCAUGAUGUUUAGCAAGCGCAGCACCCGCACCCGCGUGUCCACCGAGGCCGCCGUCGCCCUCAUGGGCGGCCACCCCAUGUUCCUCGGCAAGGACGACAUUCAGCUCGGCGUCAAUGAGUCCCUGUAUGAUACCUCGCGCGUCAUCUCGUCCAUGACGGCGUGCAUGGUGGCCCGCGUGGGCCCGCACACCGAUGUCACUGGCCUCGCCAAGGACUCGGAUGUCCCCGUCAUCAAUGCCCUGUCCAACGACUUUCACCCUCUACAGACCAUUGCCGAUUUCCUGACCAUUUACGAGUCGGCUCCUGGCACCGCCUCGCCUGGUGACUUGGUCCCGUCGGGUCUCAAGGUCGCCUGGGUCGGCGACUCCAACAAUGUCCUGUUUGACCUGGCCAUUGCCUGCGUCAAGCUGGGCGUGGAUAUUUCGGUAGCGUCGCCGCGGGGCUACGAGAUCCCGUCGAACAUGCAGCAGCUCAUUGAGGCGCAAGCCGACGGCGUGGCCAAGCCGGGCAAGCUCACCACCACGACGGAGCCCGCCUCGGCCGUUCGCGACGCCGACUACCUCGUGACCGACACGUGGGUGUCCAUGGGCCAGGAGGCCGAGAGCAGGAAGCGCCUCCAGGACUUUGCCGGCUUCCAGAUCACCAACCGCAUGGCCGCCGAGGGCCAGGCCAAGAGCGACUGGAAGUUUUUGCACUGUCUCCCCCGCCACCCCGAGGAGGUAGCCGAUGAGGUCUUUUACUCUGACCGCUCCCUAGUCUUCCAGGAGGCCGAGAACCGAUUGUGGGCUGCUGUUGCCGCUCUCGAGGCUUUCGUCGUGAACAAGGGCAAGAUUCUGUAG